AUGGCCAACAUCGAUCCCGUAAAUGAGUCUAGAAGGGAGAAUGCACAGUACUUGACGUGUGACAAAUACGGACAUGGCCGACAAACAAAUAUCGAUGUGAAAGAUCCUAGAAACACUGGAACAAAAAAAUGUGGUUGUCCGUUCAAAUUGAUUGGCAAAAAGUCAAGGUUUGAUGAAUUAUGGCGGUUGACUGUCAGCGAUGGCAGGCAUACUCAUCGUCCGGCUUUGUUUACUCACGGACAAGGUACGACUAGUCGUAUAACUCCACAACAAAAAGCAAGAAUUAAAGAAUUGCGAAAUUCUCACGUGAAGCCAAUGCAAAUCAUGGAUAGAUUGAGGAAAGAUGAUCCGACGAUACAAACCUCUAUGAAGCAUGUUUACAAUGAGUUGGCCAAGAUUAAAUCUGAGGAAAUGGAGGGCAUGACUGUUAUUCAGUUUAUGAUGCAUAACUUUCAACAAGGCGAGUAUCGGUAUUGGCAUCGCGUCGAUAGUGAAACGAGCAACACGAUUACAUAUAUUAUGUUUGCAUGUCCCGAAUCUAUUAAGUUACUACGGUUGUUCCCGUAUGUUAUAUUGAUGGACUGCACAUACAAGACCAAUAAGUAA